AAGAUGUUCUCUUCGAUUGUUGUCUUCUUGGUUCUGAAGCUUUCCUUACUUUUUUGCCAUUUGAGUGACCCCAGGUGCUUUUGGAGAAUAAAAGACAGAGAAAAUUAUCUAGGAGAUAAAGAGGCUGAUUGUUUCUUUUCCAUUUAUACAAAGCAUGGUUAUGUGAAGAAUGAUUUCUUCAGUGAGAAUCUAGACAAGCAGGUGACCCAUAAGACCAUCCACUUGAUUUUCUCUGUUUAUUUUGCUGCUGAAGAAAUCAAUAGGAACAUUUAUAUUUUACCUAACAUUUCCCUAAUAGUUAAGAUUGAAUGUAACCUAAUUGUGGAUAAUGUGGAAAGAGUUUGGUCCUUGAAAAAAAAGGAAAUCAUUCCUAAUUACUACUGUAAAAAUCAGAGAAGAUAUUUAAUUGUGCUGACUGGACCUGUAUGGAUAACAUCUUACAUACUUGGACCAUUCCUGUACUUCUCCCAAACUCCAGAGCUUUACUGUGGUUAUUUUCAUCUCCUUCUAAAUGACCAGGAACAGUUUCCUCAUCUCUACCAGAUGACUCCCAAGGAUGCAUCUCUACCACUAGGCAUGGUGUCCCUAGCAGUUCACUUCAGAUGGAACUGGGUAGGAGUCGUCGUUACAGAUGAUGACCAUGGAAUUCAAUUCCUUGCUGAAUUGAGAACAGAAAUGGAAAGAAACACUGUCUGCUUAGCAUUUGUAACUAUUGUCACAUUUGAUAAGAUUUUACACCUUAAAAUAGUUCAUAAAUAUUAUCACCAAAUCAUAAUGUCAUCAGCAAAAGUUGUCAUCGUCUAUGGGGAUAAAGAAUCUCCUCUACAAUUGAACUUCAUACUAUGGAAAUCUGAAAACAUUCAGAAACUCUGGGUCAGUGUGUCACAAUUUGAUAUGAUCACAAUCAUAGGAGAUUUCAUGCUUAACUCCUUGCAUGGGACUCUUAUUUUUUCACAUCAGCAGUCUGAGAUGUCUGGUUUUAAACAAUUUAUUCAGACAGUGCACCCUUCUAACUACAGUAAUGACAUUUCUUUGGCUAAACUGUGGUGGACUUACUUUAAGUGUUCUUUACCACCACCUGAUUGUAAAACACUGAAGNAUUGUCCAACCAACACCCUACUUAAAUGGUUUUUUGUGCCACCUCUUGGAAUGUCUAUGAGUGAAACAUGUUAUAACUUAUACAAUUCUGUGUAUGCUGUGGCCCACUCACUUCAUGAGAUNCUUCUGCAACAAGUAGACACAUGCUCAGAGAAUGAUGGAAAGGUNCUGGAAUUUAACUCCUGGAAGAUGUUCUCUUUUCUGAAGACCAUACAAUUUGUAAACCCUGUUGGAGACCUAAUCAACAUGAACCAGAAUAGAGAACGGGAUACAGAGUAUGACAUUUUCUAUAUCAUGGAUUUCCUAAAACACUAUGGACUGAAAAUGAAAAUAGGAAGAUUUUCUGGUCAUUUUCCAAAUGGCCGACAACUGUUUAUGUCUGAUGAAAUGAUAGAGUGGGCUACAGAUAUCAAGCAGACUCUAUCCUCCAUAUGUAGUGUGCCUUGCAGACCAGGACUCAGAAAAUACUUUCAGGAGGGAAAGGCUGUCUGCUGUUUUGAUUGUUACCCCUGCCCAGAAAACGAAAUUUCCAACAUGACAGACAUGGAUCAAUGUUUGAAGUGUUCAGUAGAUGAGUAUGCCAACACUGAUCAAACUAACUGCCUCAAGAAAGUUGUGUCCUUUCUGGAUUAUGAAGAACCCUUGGGAAUGGCUCUGACUGGCUUGGCUGUGUUCUUUUCUUCUCUUACAGCUGUUGUACUCUGUGUCUUCUUGAAACACCGAGACACUCCCAUAGUCAAGGCCAAUAAUGAAAUUCUCAGCUAUGUCCUACUCUUCUCCCUCAUAUUUUGUUUUAUCUGUUCCUUGCUCUACAUUGGUUAUCCCAGUAUGGUCAGCUGCAUCCUGCAACAGAUCACAUUUGCCAUUGUAUUCACUGUGGCUGCCUCUAGUGUCUUAGCCAAGACAAUUACUGUAGUCCUAGCAUUUAAGAUCACUGUUCCAGGAAGAAGACUGAGGUGGCUGCUGCUUUCAGGGGCACCUAAUUACAUCAUUCCCAUAUGCACUAUGAUCCAAAUGAUUCUCUGUGGAAUCUGGCUGGGAACUUCUCCUCCAUUUGUUGAUGUGGAUCUACACAUGGUACAUGGACACAUCAUCAUUGUUUGCAACAAAGGUUCAGUGAUUGCCUUCUACUGUGUCCUGGGAUACAUGGGCUCUCUUGCUGUAGCAAGUUUCACUGUGGCUUUCCUGGCCAGGAAUCUGCCUGACACAUUCAAUGAAGCCAAGCUCCUGACAUUCAGCAUGCUGGUGUUCUGCAGUGUCUGGAUCACCUUCCUCCCUGUCUACCACAGCACUAAGGGCAAGGCUAUGGUUGCUGUAGAGGUCUUCUGUAUCUUGGCCUCCAGUGCAGGAAUGCUUCUUUGCAUAUUUGUUCCAAAGUGCUACAUUAUUUUGUUGAGACCACAAAUAAAUUCUUUUCAUGAGUUUAGGAAACCACAUGCUAAAGCUAAAAAUAUCAAUUGA